AUGAUAUGCUCCCAGCCACUGCCGCCAGCUCCUCAGGCUAGCGCGCACGCGAAAGUAGUGAAGGACCCCGACACAGAGCUCAUGCGCGUCUUCAAGAGCUUCGACACCGACGCCGACGGUCGCAUCUUGGCCUCCAAGUUUCAGAAGCUGCGCAGGAGCACGACCGCAGAGGCGAAGGAGAUGGUCGCCGCAGUGGACACCGACGGGGACGGGUUCAUCAUCAUCGAGGAGUUCAGGGCGAUGCUGGACGACGGGGAGUCUGAUGCGUUGCGCAUGGCCUUCGAGGAGUACAAAGAGAACGGGGACGGGAUGAUCACCGUGGAGGAGCUGUGCAGAGCACUGCGACGAGUGCUCCCCGACGAGGAUCUGACGGUCGAGAAGUGCGCCGAGAUGAUAGCCGGAGUGGACAAGGAUGGUGACGACGUAAUCACCUUCGACGAGUUCAAGGCCAUGACGGCGACCAAGAGUUCGUGA